UUCAAAAAUGUCAAUGCCACAUAUUUGCACAGUUCAGCAUGAAACUUCCCGUACAUAUUUACCCUAUGAUGAGGAUACUAAGAAUAUAUUUCACAAAUUUUCACGAUGCUUUCGUGACUGGUGUAUGGUCUGGAAGAAACACCCAAAAUUCUGCUAUUACUAUAGGAGUACGACAGCGUAUUUGGAGGAACGCAAAUCACAUGCUACCAGUAGAUACUUUUAUAUUAUACAUCCAAUGAGUAAACUAUGUUUUAGUUUGGAGAUGAUACUGAUUGCAUUAUAUCUCUUCGCUUUCAUAUAUUAUCCUUUGGCAGCUUCUUUUUACGACUUAAAGAAUUAUUACACCAGAAAGCGUCACCUUAUGGAAGAGGCAUUUCAAAUCUUCUUCAUAAUUGAGAUACUUGUAAGGCUUUUCGUCGGAAGAAAAAACCCCAGGUUGAGAAAAGUGACGAUUAGUCAUCCAAAAAUAUUGAGGUCCUACAUUGUAAGCAUUUAUUUCAUAGGUGACAUGUGUGGUGCCCUACCGGUUUCAUUUUGCAUUUCAUUAACCGAAGACCCUGUUAUUCUGGCUUCUAUGGCAGCAAUUAGGUUAGGAAAAAUCCUGAGACUCAUGUCACUUCUGGAUUAUUUUUGUAAACUCUUGGAGAUAUUACGCAUGUCUGCCUAUAAAAGGGUAUGCAGUUUCAUAAUCGUAUCCUUCAUAGCUUUUCACUGGUUUGCUUGCGUCUACCAUGGAAUUAAAAGAUUUCGUACUUAUCUGGUUGGAGAAUCACGACCUGAAGAUUCUCCGGUUUAUAAAUAUCAAUCGGCAAACUCAUCGGGUGCAGUAUAUAUACAAACAGCCUUCAGGACAAUGGGAAUAAUUUUGUCAACAAGACGAGAAAGUGCAAUGAAGAGAGGUAUUGAGCACAAGAUGUUUAGCUUUCUUUUGCUGGUGUUUGGCCGAGUAAUCAUACUUGUUUUGGGAGUAUUGCUGAUAAACCAAAUACUCCGAGCUGCAAAAUUGGAUACUGAGUAUCGUGAAGUGAUUGGUCAGUUGAAGGAGUUCAUGAAUCGAAAGAAGUUACCAAUAGCCACAAGAAAUCGACUGCUUUCCUUCUAUGAAUACAAAUUCCAAGGAAAAUUUGUGAAGGAGAAGAAAAUCGAGAACAUGUUGUCAGAUCGAAUCAAGAAAGAAAUAAAUUAUCACGCAAGCAACAAAUUGAUCCAGCAGGUACAGAUAUUCGAAGAUAUACCAACGAAGAUCCUAACAGAAAUCAUAAGUCAUCUCAAGUCGGAGGUCUUCCUACCAAACGAUAUCAUUAUAAGCGCUGGUACAACGGCUGAUAGCAUGUAUUUCAUUUCAAGUGGAACGGUAUCUGUUACUACAGCCUCCGGUCGAGAGGUAUGCCACCUUCAAGAUGGUGGUUACUUUGGAGAAGCAGCACUGGUAUUAAAUCACAAGAAGUCUAUUUCCAGCGUGACAGCUCUAGAAAUAUGCGAAACGUAUAGGUUGGAUUCGAAAACGUUUCGGAACUGCUUCAAAAAUUAUCCCGAAAUAUUUCAUAAACUGAGGGCAGAAGCAGAGAGGAGGGAGCAAGAAACGAACAAACUGGAGGAGGAAUUCCAGGAGAAGUUAUUCCUACGGACGUACUUUGGAGAUAAGCGUAGGUCGACGUUCGAAUCGGGUAUAUCCGGUGAUGAUUUAGGCGUGAUACCUUCGAAGAAAAAUUUCUAAAUGUUUCUUGUUAAUUUUCAUGUUGGUUCUAUUAAAGUUCUAGAAAGCA